AUGCCCAGCUGUUCGCCAGACACGUGUGUGUGCAAGAAGACCGGAGGCACGGAGGUGGCGGCGGCAGCGGCGGCGCCAGGCACCAGCUUUGCCCCUGGCGACGACUCCGACUCCGACGUAUGGGGGUCUUCGUCACCAGAUCCGUCCUUGGAGGCCACAGAAGAGGUCUCCCGUGACGUGGCAGCUCUGAAACGCCGCCACGAAAACAGAGGCUACUUAGACGGCCUCACCAAAGGUGGCGAGCUCGGCCUGCAGACAGGCUUCGACGCAGGGUACCCGCUGGGCGCCCAGCUCGGCGGCCUUGUCGGACAGCUCGUCGCAGAGACCGUCUGGAGAGCUUCAAACGGCCAGAUCAGCGUCCAGACCAGAGAUGCCGCCCUGGCGGAGCUCCGCAUCGACAAGGUGUUGAGCUCGGAACACUUCGAUUCGGAGUUGCACAUCGCCGACCCGGCGCUGCACCCCACCAUCCUCAAAUGGAGCUGUUUCUACGACAGCUUGCUUGUAGGCUUAUAA